CGGCCAUGCAGACCGACUGGCUGGUGCCGCUCGCGCAGCCCCGCGGGCGGAAGCGGCGCUGCGAGCUCUGCCUGGGCACCGCCACGGUCCGCUGCGCCGGCUGCGGGGUCACCUACUACUGCGAUGUGGACCACCAGACCGCCGACUGGAUCAGCAUCCACGAGAAAAUAUGCCAGCUGCUCAUCCCACUGCGGACGGCGCCUCCCUUCUACAACUCAGACAAAGAAAGGAAGCUCGGAAAGGAGCAGAAGCGCAGCCGGGAGAUAUUCCUGGCUGGAGUGACGUAUGAUACGGCCCAGAAUUUUUUGUCCGAGGGCAACCACGAAGAUGCCAUCCCGGCCGCCUUGCAUUCUCUGAAAUUCACCAUCGGUAUCUAUGGCCCCAAUUCGGUGGAACUGGUUCCCCGGUAUCUUAUUUUAGCCGAGACCAGCUUGGGGCUUGGGCACCUCUCACAAAGUGAAGAGUAUCUCUCCCAAGCACACUGGAUCGUUCUGAAGAACACCAACUGCAGCAGCGACGUUCAGUCCAAGCUGCACCGCAUCUUGGGGCUACUUCAUGCCGCCAAAGGGAACUUUGAUGACUCUUUGUACCACCUGGCCAACAAUGUAUAUUUUGCCAGCUGCGCUUUUGGGACGACCAACAAUAUAGCGGUUUCAGGAGGCUACUUUCACAUGGCCAAUGUUUUCUUCCGCCAGAAUAGGAUGGAUAUUGCUGAUUCCUUGUAUUCUGAGGUGGUCAAUAUCUGGUAUGAUCACUUCAACCACCUGAUUGACAUCCAGUACCAGAAACUCAUAACUCCUGCAGAAAUUGACCUGCUGUCUGAAGAAGAAGGGACAGAGGAAGAGAUCCUGGACGAAAAGCAACAGGGUGAAGCAACCCAGAUGCUGAACCCCAUCUUGGAACUCCGAGAACAGUCUCCCAAGCCACAGCUGGAGAAGAUGGCCAAAGUGUUCCACACCUUGGCCAUGUUCCAUUAUUUGAUCCAUGAUCUGCCGAAGGCUGACGAGUUUGUGAUGAAAGUUCUCCAGGCAAGCAAGCAUCUGCCCGGACACGACCUGGACGACUCUCUCUACCACUUGGUGAAACUGAUCAAAUCCAAAGUAGCCUAUGAAAAAUAGAGAGGUGGCUUUUCCAGGGAGGAAGGAGCCUCCGGCUGUGACUCGCCCCCAUCUUGUUUUGCGACGUGUCUUUCCAGUUUUAAUGAAAUGAGUCUGUCUUACGUCUUUGUGGAACCCUAAAGACCAGCAAGGCCUUUUCUUCCUUUUCUACCCAACCUCGCACGCCUUCAUCAGGAGACAAAGUCUGGGUCACAACAUAGUGUCGCGGGUGGGGGAGCAGGUAGGUCCCCAGCCACUCGGUUGACCUGUUGGGCAGAGCCCAGGCCUGUUUAGCUGUACUUUGUUGGAGAAGGGCAACCGGCUGCGUCUGCCCAGCUCAGUAAAUCAUAAACCAGGGUUUCCGUGGCUGAACACCGAGGUGGAUCAGGAAGCGCUCAGUUUUCAAAGCAUAAAAAGUUAGUUCUGCAUUAUUCUGCUUGGGCCAGGCCCCUCCUUGACGCCUCCGCCCAUUCCUUGGUACUAUACUUUAAGGGCGUUCGAAGGAAACUGGAAGGGCGAUGAGGAGGAUUCGGGGGAUAGAAACUUAAGCCCUGUGAAGGGGGAUUAAAGGAGCUGGAAAUGUAGACCCUUGGGUAGAGAAGAAUGAGGGGGAUGUGGGAGCAAUUUCUGGAGAGGGCUUGCUAUUGUCCCAAAGAGCAGGACCUGACACACUCUGGUCUGAGAUCAGGAUUGCAGCCUGAGAGCAAUCGAAAGCGUUGAUACAUCCGCAAGGGUGUUUUACGCUGGAUUGCA